AUGGCCGCGCCGCAGAGCGCAAUGUCAACAUCAACACUGGUUGGUGUGCUGCAAGGGCGGGUCUUCCUGUCAAAUGGUGUGCUGGCAAUUGGCAGAGCAGAUUUGCUUGAAGUCAUUGGGCGAUUUGGGUUCAGGGGCGGGGCGCCUGAACGAACCUUGGACAGAUGUUUGGCAAGAUCGAUGUUCAUGCGUCUUCCUGGUGGCUCCUACGAAGCGAGAAUUGUGAAAGUUGUGCUGCAAGAUUUUGAUUUAUCAAUGCAGACGCCAACUUGGGAUGCAGUUGUUCGACACUUGCGGCCAAGAGCUUUACAACCCUCUACUUCAACUGCUUCUUCAGGAUCAAUGCAGAUUGACAGUGAAGCUUCUAGUUCUGCGCCUGCUGCAAGGCCCCUUUCCAGAAAGAGACCUUUCGAAGAGGAUGAAGAGCAACUGUCAGAGGAGCUGCAAAGGUAUCAAACGACCUAUGUGGGCUUCACCAAGACCGGCCUUUUGAACGAGCUUAUCCGCAAGGAUGCUGAACUUGAGGCAUGCAAACAUGCACAUGACAAUCUGAAGAAAAAACAUGUAGAUUUGCAAAAGAAAGUGAGGUUGUUGCAGGAACAGAAACGAAGAUCAGCACAAACUAUUCAGAAAUUGGCUGCGAAGGCCAAGCCCAAAACGAAAUCGACAGGCAAGUCACGGAGAGAACCAAUCACUGUGGAAAACGUCGACCAACGGAUGGCCAUUCAACGGACAAAGCACAAUCGGUACCUGACCGUGGAGUCCAGAAUCUCUUUAAGUCUACGCCGCAAUUGCUCGAACGUGGCAUGCGCUGACUUGGGGUUGGUCCUGCUGGACGAUGUUUCACGCUGGACAAUUGCACGGUCCGAGGUUCAGACCGGUGCAGCAUUGAUGGGGCAUGCAAUUUCUUUCCAUCGUGGGAUGGAUCAGGAUUUCCAGGACCAGUGCAAAGAACAGGCGUCAGGCACACUUGGGGUCGCUAUUCAUUGCAUCAGUCAAGAUGCUACGAAUGGAAGCAUCUGGCAGAAACGCAAGCUUGUGGCUCUCUUGCUGCACACGGCUUAUUGCUCAAACUUGCCCAGCAGCGAGGACGACUCUUCUUUUGCUGGAUCAUGGAAAUGGGACCUUUUCACAUCCUUGGAGUGCAUUGCAGAUGUACAACCCGUUGCUGAUGGUACUGCUGCUGGAAGCAUUGGGCUUACUCACAAGAUGCUUCAGAGUGUGGGUUGUCCUUCGAUUUGGAGCCUGGUCGAAGCUGGUCAGCAGAAAGCUCCACAGGGACACACGACUCUGCGAUUCUAUGUGCUCACAACAGACCGUGGCCCAAAUGAAGUCCUUGCCAAGAAGUACUGGAUGGUGCUCUGCCGGGACAAUCCAAAGAUUGUUUGCCUCCAUGCUGACUGCAACGAGCAUCUUGCUCACCUGAUAACCCUGCAAUCCUUGAAGACUUGUGACAACCUGUUGAAAAAACACGGUCGAGAUUGGAAGCUAUUCAGCUCGCUGGCUACAAGCUCGAACACCCUGAGAGACGUGUCGAAGGCAUUUUUUCAGGAAUGGUGCAAUCAGCAUGGCGACCGCAGCGGGGUUGAAUUGGCGCGACGACUCUGGCCAAAAUGCAUUGGAGGACGGUGGAACUCAAUCUACGAAGUUGUUUGCAGAAUGUUUGGUGUGGGAGGCCAGGCGAUGCUGUUGCCAGUGUUGGCGAAGGUCCUUAGCAAGACUCCUGAUUCCAGCAAGUUGCCUGAAAACAACAAGCCAGUGCAUUCAGUGGAUGAAUUGAGCGUGGAUCAAAUGAAGGAAUACCAGAAAAAAAUGGGGACAUGGAGAGUGAAUACUCUCAAGGUGGCCAAUGACAAGCUGUGGUGGAUCGCUGCAGAUUGUUUACGAAUUUCAGGCGCCACUCUUGUGCAGUUUUCAGCCCCUGGCCAGCAAGAUUAA